GUCUAUAAGUUAGUCUUUAAAAUAAAAUUGUUCACGCAUGAUCUUAUUGCUUUUGAAAUAAAAGUUUUUUUCUUCGCGAUCGAGAUGUUCAAAAUUUGGCACCUUAACAUAUUUAUUAUACGGUUCUAAAACAUUCAUCGCUGUUACGAUUUUUCACUAUUUUAAGAAAAAGUGCAAUGUCUUACAACAAAAUAGCUGUGGUCUAAAACUCAUACGUAACUUUAUGAUUUUUGAAACCAAACUAGUUGACGCUGUGAUAAAAUAGUAUUAUAAGAUUCGUGUUACCAUACCAUUCAUCACAUUUUACAAAAAAUCUGAUUUGUUAAAGUCAGUGCACGAUAAAAACUAUCAUGGAACCAAUAGUUUCCAAUUCACAAAAUCGUGCGACUGGCAUUGAAGAAACAUCACCACGUGAAGAACCUCAUCUAGAACCAAUAAAUGGCGUGGUUCAACCACCUGUAUUACCAAGGGCAAGUAAACCUGGACGAGUGACUAAUCAGCUUCGGUUUAUGAAAAAACACGUGCUAGAGCCUCUGUGGAAUCAUUCGUACGCUAAACCAUUCAAGAAACCUGUCAAUACAAAUGAGCUCCAAUUACCGGAUUAUUACAAAGUGAUCACUAACCCAAUGGAUCUCGGCACGAUUAAGAAACGUCUUGCAAAUAAAUACUAUUGGUCAGCAGAUGAAUGUAUUGCAGAUUUCAAUCUCAUGUUUAAAAACUGUUAUUCUUACAAUGAUCCGGAUCAGGAUAUUGUGUUGAUGGCUCAGACGCUUGAAAAAAGUUUUCAACAGAAGAUGACCAGAAUGCCGGAAAAAGAAAUUGAAGUGAAACGUCACAGCGGAAAUUUUGGAAUUGAUCAAGAAAGAGUAUCAUUCAAUGGUGCGUCAGUAAAUGACAUGCGGCCAUUGAAAUCAGCACCAGUUUCAGAGUCUCCAAGUGGAUCAAGUGACGUCGAAAAGUGUGUAAAGAAAGAGGCUGAUUCCAGUAAUGUUGUCAACGACAAAACACUAGCAGAAGAGUUCGGUAUUCAAACGAAGUACUCACAAACCAGCAAACCGAAGGUAGAGCUCUCAGCAAGUCUCAUGCAUUGCAGGAAAAUUCUUAAAAAGCUAUACCGCAAACGACAUUCAGAGUACGCAUGGCCUUUUUAUAAGCCUCUAAAUCCUGAGCGUUGGGGCUUCAAUGAUUAUCUUAAUCAAAUUAAAAAACCGAUGGAUCUGUUUACUAUAAAACAGAAACUAGAUCAUGGUGAAUACAAAAACGCUCGGGAAUUCGCUGAAGACGUAAGACUUAUCUUCACCAACUGCUACAGAGGGAAACCUGCAGUAGUUAAAUUGGGAAGUAAUAAUUUAAUAGGAAAUUCAGGUGUGAUAAUGAAAAUAAUUAAUAUUACAAAACAUCCAAAAUUUAAAUCACCACAACUUUAUUAUGACAUUGCCUUAUUAAAACUUGAACGACCGGUAACAUUUAAAAGUAAUAUCCAACCAGCUUGUUUAUACUUCAAGUUUGAAACAACACCAGCUGUUGUUUGGGCCACUGGAUGGGGCUCUGACCAAAAUGAUAAUUACAACCCAAGAAACGAACUGAUGAAAGUCAAACUACAAGUCAUUGAUAACCUAAACUGUUCAUUGGCAUACAAUUAUACGACAGUAACACCGAAUGGUAUAACACCAAAUAUGUUGUGUGCAGGAGAUUUAUUAAAUGAUUGGAAGAGUGAUACAUGUACAGGUGAUUCUGGUGGCCCGAUACAAUUUUAUCACGACAGUGGAAGUUGUCUAUUUGAUAUUGUCGGUAUUACUAGUUUUGGUAAAUUAUGUGCUGUUAAAAAUAUACCAGGAGUUUAUACUAGAGUCUCACAUUACAUUGGUUGGAUUGAACAGAUUGUUUGGUGAAAUUUGGCAUAAAAAUUAUUGUAUAUUCUUAUUCUGUAAUGUUU